GGGCGUCCUCAACAUGAGAUAUAAGUAUCAACAAUCACAGGUCAGACUCAUUUGCACUGAGGUAGUCAGUCAGUAACAAGGAAACUGUUCUCAUCAACAUAAUGUCAUGUGUCAACCACAAUGUUACUGGAGGUAGGAGUGGGACACUGUGUGGGGUUCAUCCUGCAAAACUCAUGUCACAGGAUACAAGUGUGUGUAAGAAAGGCAAACUUCCUUCAAAUCUCCUUUGAAGUGUUAAUCAUCAAAGUGCGAUACCAUUCACGAUAAACUGUAUAUCUUAAUGCAAGGAAUGUAUUUGCGACUGAAAAAAAAAAAUUUUUCUGGGCCUGAGUCCUAGUUCAUGACAAGAGGCCGCUGGGAAGUUUGUGAAAUACGUAAAAUGUGGUCUGUAGAGAAAACACAAACAGGCUUUGUGUGGACAACUGGUCAUUGUCUUCUUCUUCUUGGUCUGUUCACGGUCAAAGGUGUACAAAUCAUACCAUGUGGAGAUGAUGGUGUUGUAGAAGUUCUGUCUGGUCAGAACACAUCCUUCACCUGUGAAUCUGAGGGGAAUGUACAAUGGAAACUACUAAAUCAAUCAGAUAAUUAUAAUCAGUCUUUUCAUUUAUCAAACUGUACAGAAAAUAUUUGUCAGGCAGCUUUUUUCGGCGAAACAUUUGUAGCGAGUGUGAGAGACAAUGACACUAAAGUGAUGACAGUCAAUGCUGUCAACAACACAAAGAUCUUUGCCAAGGUUCAACUCGUCAAUGGAAGUCUGCAGUGUGAUGUUGUGAGAAACAGAGGAACGAAUCAAUCGGUGUACACUGUAGGAUCAGCUGUCUGUGGACUGAACUACGUAUAUCCAUCCGAAAACGUGAAGUGUAAUGCAGUUCAAACCUCUUCGUCCAUCAACGUGUCCUGUAACAUCGGCAGCGUCUACUCUUCACGUGGAAUUUACAAGUGUCAUCUCUUUCAACUCAUAAAUAGUUCUUACGAAAAUAGGUUGGAAACUGUCACCAUGGUGACUUCACCAACUUCAGAGAAGAUCAGCAAGACUGAAGUGAAGGUGUCCGGUUCCUGUCAGUUCAACACAACUCUCCCACCAGACGAAGGAUUCUAUGGCUUUGUUGUUUCUAUCUCACCUGGGGGACGAAACUACUCCGUGGCAAUGUCCAUGGAUGAUGAGAAGACUACAACUGAACCGCCCAAUGAUACAAACAUUUACAACAUACUAUUAGCUGGUGUGUCUGGGGUCAUCGUCCUAGUCGUCAUCUCACUCGUUAUCUGCCUCAUCUUAAAGAAGAAAACGAAAGACGGGAGGAAAAAGGAAAGUAACUUCAUGCUGUAUGAGGAUCCCAGGGAUCUAGUUCUCACGACGAUGGAUGUGGACCCGACUGCAGUCAACACCAGGACGAGGCAACAGUGUUUUGUAGGAUCAGAACAAAAUGAAAUGAAAGUUCCAGGCAUCAAGCAGGACUUACUCGGUGCCGGCGUUUAUGAAAAUCCCUGGGAUGCAGUACCAGCUCAAGUGAUGAUGGAAGAGAUGGAGGCUGGGUAUAUACAAAUACAGGAAUUCGAGAACCUUGUGUAUAAUUCUGUGGACAACACAAAGUGGAAAUCGCGGUGCGAUGGUCACCCUGGUCAAGAUGAUGACCGAAGCACCGAAAAAAAGAAAGAAAGAAAAGGAAGAAAACACGGAACCAAGGACACAGAGAUGUGGUACCCGUAUUUAUCAACGAAAGAUUUACAAAAGAUAACUUUUGAUGAAGGCCAAGCAAAUCAAUUGUUUGCAAUGAAAAAGUCUGCAAUCGAAGGAUCGAACGAUGACAUCGCGGACAUCCCACGAGAGGGAUCUGCACCUGUCGUCAAACAUGAAUACAUGAUGGUCGGUCUGUCGCCAAGGCAACUGAAAUCCGCUUUGCACACCGACGGUGCGCACACUGCCGUGAGUUCAGAUGGACAAACAUUCGGCGACGGGGUGAGAUCCGAAUCGUCCUGCUUCCCCUCGACCCAUGGCCAGGGGUGGGAAGAUUUGCACGUGCACGAAGCAGUCUACUCUCUGGCGACGGUCAUGCCCACCUGAGCGACUUCUUCCGCCCCACUGGCAAGCCAACACCAUGAGAAAAAUGUUCACGAAUGAGUUUCUAAACCCUUACUCAGCAACUGUGCUUCCUGAUGUAAAUAGUACUUCAGCACUUGAGUAAGAAGUAACAGAUGUCCAUCUCACUUUUAAUUCAAAACUCGGUGAAACAAAUUGCCCCUCUCAUAUGUGAAGAUGAAUCAUGUAUGUAUUACAUAGUUGUUAUUGGUGUUUAUUGGUGUGGAUAUAUAUUUCUCACUUUGUGUGUUUGUGUGGUACACAUCUACCAGCUGUGUCGACUGGGGAAGUUAGCUGCGCUAAUCGGGUAUUGAACCAGCGAGCUCUCAGGGCGACAGCGCUUUAACCACCUGGCGAUCCGCUUGUUCUGUGUGUUUGUGUGUGUGGCUUCUUCUACAUAUUAUUAAUCUCAUCUGGAAUUCUCUAGCUUAUAUCUGUGAGUGUAGGAAGCGCAUGUAUCUCCAUUCUGUCCAAGUCUAUGCCAAGAUUUUUUUUUUCAAUUAAUACAGUUUGUUGUACAAAUUUGAAUGACUUUUAUAAAGAGUGAUCUCUUCCUUUCAGGGUGUGUUUAAUUCUCUUGACCAAGAUAUUUGUAUCAGCAAAGCUUUAUUAACCUUCAACACGUACGUGGGAAUUUUAUAAUAAAAGCAUUCUCACCCUUUGACCUGUGUUGGGUGUUGUCUCGUGACGAUAAACAGGGAAAUGAUAAGUGCAUUGUGCGGGUGUCCUAAUUUUGAGUGCAUGUCCCCGAAAAGGGAUAAAAGGGAAAUAUCCAAGAAUAUGAAAACCAGAUGGUGCUUUGUCGUUUUCUGCACCAGUUUGUUAACCCCUACCCCUCUAAAAAAAAAAAAAUGAGAGUUGAUGAAACUUAUGAAACUGUUUACCUUCCUGACGCCACUGAUAUAUUUCCGGCAGGACCUUGCCACGUCUUGUAACUACCUCCAACAAUCCCAGCAUGUUCAUAAUCUCAUUCAAACAACUUUUACAAACUUUUGAUAUUCUUUUUCAGACAGAGGAGAUACA